AUGCGGGUCACGGUCUUUUCGGAAGCACUGAUCUUCUCUGUCGCCUUUGGGGUGACUACUGCGAUCCAUGACUACCAGCCUCUUCGUCAGCCGACGAUCUUUGAAUCGGACUGUGCUAAACAAUGGGCCAAGCUCAAUGAAAACAGCCUGACACGUGGUUCCUCGGACUCGGACGAUCUGUCGACUGCCGAGUAUGGAAAUGGUGAGCUACAGGUCAACUUGUCGGUGCAGCUGAAGCGGUUCACGAGCAACUACGUGGACUUCAACACCAGGUCGUUCAACGGACUGGUGCCAGGCCCAACGAUUAAGGUUUGCCCAGGUGACCGUCUGAUUGUGACUCUUACGAAUUCAUUAGGAGCUGGUGGACACAAUAACACGAACAUACACGUGCAUGGGAUGCACGUGCCUCCACGUGGAGACGCGGACAACGUGAUACCCACUGUAAGGCCGGGUGAACAGCGCACAUACAUCUACGACAUUCAGCCUGACCACCCAGCAGGAACGUUCUGGUACCAUCCUCACAAGCAUGGCAACGUGAACUCGCAGCUGAACGGAAUGAUGGCUGGAGCACUGAUUGUGGCUGACCGCCCGGCCGAUUUUCCGACAGAGUUGGCUGCGACGGAUGACCUUGUCAUGAUUCUGCAAGCGAUUUGCGUCGAGAAUUGUCACAAUGUGAAUGAUAAUCUCCAGUUUGCGAUUGAAAACAGGUACAGCUCUUCUUCGGCAUCGACGAUGCAAAUGGAUACCGUGGACGAAGAGAGUCAAAGAAGCAAAGUUUGGUUGACUGAUCUCGAGAUUGUCGAGAAUGAUGCAGAUGUGCCGCUAAACGACACGUCGCUACUUACACUUUUCGUGAAUGGGCAAUACUUGCCAGCGUUGGGUAUCAUGGUUGGUGAAUACAAGCGUCUGCGUUUGGUAAACGCUAUUGCGAAUAACAUAGCUGAGCUCGUGACAACUCGCGACAGCAGCUGUACCCUUACUGUCCUUUCAAUGGACAGCAUUUACUUUGCCGAACCCAAGGCAAAGGACGUGAUUGUGAUUCCUCCAGGAGGGCGGGCUGAUGUAGUAAUCAGAUGUGCUAAAAUUGGUGUGUUCUACCUUGAGACCGAUUGCGCAAGCUCGCGCAGCAAAGUCUUGGGCGGUGUGAAUCAACAUCGAGUGCCGUCUCAGCGUAUCGUGAAGAUUAAUGUGAGGAAGGAGGACGAAGGAUCUGACGACAACAAACGCCACGUAGCUACUAGUCUCGUGUCGACGCUGCCAAAGCGACCUCCGUAUAUGGAGAAUACGUUAGGGAGCGCAAGGCACGCGUCAUCUAUUUCGGUGAGCAACAAGUACGAUUUCGAGUUUUCGGUGUGGAUGGAGAAUGGAACGAUGAUGUACGGAGUUAACCACAAGACACUUGAUAUGGCUUAUAUCAAUCACUCAAUGCCUGUUAAUGAGGUACAAGAAUGGAAGCUUUCGGUAAAAGAUUACCGAGACCCAGCAAUAGGGUCAUGUGAUCCGGACGAUGCUUUCGAGAAGUCAAGUAAAUGUCGGACGAUGAACCACCCGUUCCACAUUCACUCAACGCAUUUCCAAGUGUCGGAUAUGGAUAUUGACACUGACCCUGAUGGAGUUAUGUUUGAGGUGGGCGAAUGGCGCGACACGCUGCCGCUUUUCCGUGGAAAGGUGUGGAUCCGUUUCACUCCGCGCGAUUAUAUGCUCGGAAACAUUUUAGCACAUUGUCAUAUGGCUUCCCACGGCGAUGCUGGUAUGUCACAACUCGUGAAUGUGCACGCCGGUCCUGAUCAAGUUGAAGCGGGUGAGGAAGAAGUCACGAGCUCUACUUCUGAUAGUGUUGUAAAAGAAGACGACGAAGACGACGACGAAGUUGAGGAAAUGUAUGAGGGUGGUUCAGGACAAGGCGAUGGCGAAGCUGGCGCAGAGGUCGGAAGCGAUGCUGAAGAAUUAGAUGGUGAAGGUGAGGCAGACUCUGAGAGUGAUGCGGCAGCAAACGACGGCAGUGAAGGUGAGGAAGAGUCUACGAGUGAUGCCGAAGAUGACGGAAGUAAACGUGAAAUUGAGGAAGAUGAAUAG